GUCAGUAUCAUAGUUGCACUUUAAUUCCAUAAAGAAUGAACAUACUAGCUCUGAUCUUGGUGGUGAUACCACUGGCCGCGUGUCAACUCUUCAACGGCCCCUUGACAGUCGACGUGAACAGGGACGACGUUCAGCAGAUGGCAAGCUUCGCCCUUACCCAGCUCAACACACUCCUCGGAUCACAGAACACUCUGGUGUCUGUCGUGAAAGCUAAAACUCUAGUUGUCGCAGGCAUCAACUACUUUCUGACUCUCAAGAUAAAAAACGGACAGGAGACCCAGAUCUGCACUGUCACCGUCUGGUCCCGUGUCUGGCUCAACGACACACAAGUUACCCAGCAUGCAUGUACUUCACGCACCAAGCGGGACGGCCUCCUUGGUGCUCCGACCUCAGUCAACGUCACCGGUCAAUACAUCUUGAAAAUGGCCAAUUAUGCGGUGACUACGCUGAACAGGCUACAGGGGACUGUCAACAGUCUGGACCAAGUCAUCUCAGCCAAGACCCAGGUGGUUGCUGGCACGAACUACUUCCUGAAGAUCCGCAUGAGUGAUGGAAGCCAGUCUCAGAUCUGUGAUGUGACCAUCUUGGACCAGCCUUGGUCAUACAUGACCCAGCUGACCCACAAUAGCUGUGUUUACGUCAAAAAGCGGGACAUCGCUAUGCCCGGCGGUUUCACCGACGUGGACGUCAACAGUACUGGAGUAAGGAACAUGACCAACUUUGCCCUGGGCGAGAUAAACAAACUGUUUAGUGAACAGUUGAGCCUAAUAGAAAUCAUCUCAGCUAAAACUCAGGUGGUUGCUGGCAUCAACUACUUCCUGAAGUUCCGCGUGAGAAAUGGAAACCUGAAUGAAAUCUGUGAUGUUACAAUCUGGGAGCAGUUAUGGACCCAGACGACCCACAUGACCCAUAGCAGCUGCACUAGUGUGGCGUCCAAGCGGGACAUCUUGAUGCCCGGCGGUCUGACCAACGUGGACAUCAACAGUACUGAAGUCAGAGACAUGGCCAGCUUUGCCCUGGGUGAGAUCAACGGACUGCAGGGUGCCCAGAACACUAUGGAACAAGUAAUCUCAGCUAAAGCUCAGGUUGUCGCAGGCAUCAACUACUUUCUGACUCUCGAGAUAAAGAACGGACAGGAGACCCAGAUCUGCACUGUCACCGUCUGGUCCCGUGUCUGGCUCAACGACAAACAAGUUACCCAGCAUGCAUGUACUUCACGUGCCAAGCGGGACGGACUCCUUGGUGCUCCGACCUCAGUCAACGUCACCGGUCCAGACAUCUUGAAAAUGGCCACCUAUGCGGUGACUACGCUGAACGGGCUACAGGGGACUGACAACAGUCUGGACCAAGUCAUCUCAGCCAAGAUCCAGGUGGUUGCUGGCACGAACUACUUCCUGAAGAUCCGCGUGAGUGAUGGAAGCCAGACUCAGAUCUGUGAUGUGACCAUCUGGGACCAGCCUUGGUCAUACAUGACCCAGCUGACCCACCAUAGCUGUGUUGACGUCAAAAAGCGGGACAUCGCGAUGCCCGGCGGUUUCACCGACGUGGACGUCAACAGUACUGGAGUAAGGAACAUGACCAACUUUGCCCUGGGCGAGAUAAACAAACUGUUUAGUGAACAGUUGAGCCUAAUAGAAAUCAUCUCAGCUAAAACUCAGGUGGUUGCUGGCAUCAACUACUUCCUGAAGUUCCGCGUGAGAAAUGGAAACCUGAAUGAAAUCUGUGAUGUUACAAUCUCGGAGCAGUUAUGGACCCAGGCGACCAAAAUGACCCAUAGCAGCUGCACUAGUGUGGGGUCCAAGCGGGAUAUCUUGAUGCCCGGCGGUCUGACCAACGUGGACAUCAACAGUACUGAAGUCAGAGACAUGGCCAGCUUUGCCCUGGGCGAGAUCAACGGACUGCAGGGUGCCCAGAACACUAUGGAACAAGUAAUCUCAGCUAAAGCUCAGGUUGUUUCUGGAAUGAACUACAUGCUGACCAUACGUCUGAAGGAAGGGUACAAGACCCAGAUCUGCUAUGUGAAGAUCUGGUCCCAGCCCUGGCUCCACAGGAAGGAAAUGACGGAGCACAGCUGUAGCCAGGUGACCAAGCGUGCUGGGGGUCUUCUCGGGGGUCCCACCGGUGUGGACGUCAACAGUGCAGAGAUUCAGGAAGUGGCCAACUUCGCUGUCACGGAGAUCAACGGAAUUCAAGGGGCACAAAACUCUCUGGUCAAAGUUGUCAACGCCAGAAAACAAAUCGUCUCAGGUAUUAACUACAUCCUUACCCUGAACCUUCAAAAUGGAGAUAAGCGUAUGACGUGCAGGGUGGCGGUCCUGUACCAGGCGUGGAGUGAUCCUAAGUUUCAGCUGCUCUCUGAUACCUGUGGACAACUCGCCUAGAUGGCUUCCAGUCGGUCCAUGGAUAAAUAUGUCUACGUGCAUCCUCUUCAAAUGAAUUGCUGUAUUCUUGUCAAAAUACAGUGUUGUUAUUUUAUGUUGUUCAUGUUUUUGUUUACAAAUAAACAUUUUGCACUAAA